GUGAGUAUAUAUACACAUAUAUGGACAAUGGUCAAGUUCAGAAAGUCCAGACAGACUGCAGAAAUGCUGAGGAUCCUGUUGUUGAGCGCGUUGGCUGCUUUGGCACUGGCUGAGCCCAGAUAUCUGAAGGAUCUGGCCAUUGAGGAGAGGGUUGUUGGUGGAGAGAUCGCAAAACCCAACUCCUGGCCCUGGCAGAUCUCUCUCCAGUUUCUGUCUGGCUUAAACUACUAUCAUACCUGUGGUGGGACUCUGAUCACACCAGGAUGGGUGUUGACUGCCGCUCACUGCGUCGACAUCCCAAGAAAUUGGCGUGUUAUCUUGGGAGACCAUGACAUCACUAAACAAGAGGGUCAUGAGCAAUCGUUGACUGUCAGCCGGGUUUAUAUCCAUCCCAACUGGAACACAGAGAGUGUGUCUUCUGGAUAUGAUAUUGCUCUUCUGCAACUGUCCACCGAUGCCACCCUGAACUCAUACGUGAAGUUGGCCACACUGCCACCUGCUGGACAGGUUCUGCCCCACAACAACGAAUGUUACAUCACUGGCUGGGGUCGCACACAGACUGGUGGGUCAACCUCGUCACAGUUGAAACAAGCUUUGCUGCCCGUGGUUGACCACAAUACAUGUUCACGCAGCGACUGGUGGGGAAGCAUCGUGAAGGACACCAUGGUUUGCUCUGGUGGUGGCAAUGAGUCUGGAUGCCAGGGUGACUCUGGUGGCCCUCUGAACUGUCUGGUCAAUGGUACGUAUGUCGUCCAUGGUGUGACCAGCUUUGUGUCAGCAGCAGGUUGUAAUACCAACAAGAAGCCAACAGUCUUCACUCGUGUGUCAGCCUACAACAGUUGGAUUAAUGAUAUCAUUGGGAACUGAGAAGAUGAAAGGCAAAAAUCCUCCAAUUAACUUUUAACAACUGCAGUGGGCAGAAAUAUAAGAAACUUCACAUCCAGUCUUGACUGAUUUUUUAAAUAAUUUUCAACAUUAUCUGUGAUCUGUAAUCCAUUUAGGUUCAUCACUAACCAGAAGAUGACAGAAUUCUACACCUAUCACCUAGAUCAGGCGUGUCCAAUCUCCUGCUGAGUUUACCUCCAACUUGCUUCAACACACCUGCCUGGAAGUUUCUAGUAUAUUUAGUAAGAGCUUGAUUAGCUGGUUCAGGUGUGUUUGAUUAGGGUUGGAGCUGAACUCUCCAGGUCACCGGCCCUCCAGAAUCGAAUUUGCAUGCUCCUGACCUAGAACAAUAUCCAGAAAAAAAUUUAAUUUACUUUUUGAGAUUACAUUUUCUUAAAUAAAAUAAUAUUUUACAUACAGGGAAAGGUGUAGUUGAGGAUUUUUGAGGUAAAGUAGGUCAAAAUGACUUCAAAUCUCCCAAAACACAUAAUUAAUGUAUAGCUGAGAAGUAAACGAAAGCAAAAAAGAUACAUAAUUUGUAUGAGUAAAAUGUAUAUAUUUUUUACAAUUUAAUUUUAAGUUGUUGGGGUUGGUGUUUCUCAACCAUGUUCCUGGAGGAUAAACAGCACUGCAUGUUUUGGACGUCUCCUUUGUUUGUCACUCCUAUUACAGGUCUUUCAGUCACUGCUAAUGAGCUGGCGAUCUGAAUGAAGCUAUGGUCACACUGGGCUUUGUGUGUGCAAAAUUCUGUCGUGCGGCGCUGCGAAAGGGGCGGGAUUAAACAAGAUGAUUAGACAUUAAAAAAAGCGAGCGAUUGCUCCAUGUUUUAAAUUUAUGUCCAGAGAGGUCAUGUUUUGAUCCUCGAUUGGUCUCACGCAGUCAAGUGAUGCGAUUUCGCAGGUCAGAGUUCACCAAGCUUAAACUUUGCACCGCAGCAACAUGCGAAACUUGACGCAUGACCUUGCGUUUCCGGUCUGACGCAUUCGCGCGCGUAUGAAUGGAAGUCUAUGGGAGGAAAAGCCCAGUGUGACCGCAGCUUGAGGUGUUUUUGGUUAAGAAGACAUGGAAAAUGUGCUGGUGUUCCUUCAGGAAUGUGGUUGAGAAACACUGAUAUAGAUCCCAAUUACAGAAUUAGUAAACGAGAAAAAAUACAUUAUGAGGGUUAAUAAAGAUCAAAAAGAAGCCCCUUUUAAUAAAAGUAAUGUUAUGUUGGCCAAAUACAGUGAAUUCACACAGCUGUUUCAGAAACAUUGAAGGUUUGAUGGUGGAGAUGAUCCAUAAAAGUCGACCAGGCCUGGAGCAUUUAUAUUAAUGAGUUUGAAGGACUGCCACGUUCCUUUUGUUUUGUAUUUAUUGUAAUUAAAGAAUUAAAAUAUUGUUGAAAGUUU